AUGAAAAAAGAAUGUAUGCGUCACUUUCGAAACUGUUCAAGUUUUGCGGCUACAUAUAUAUCUGAACAAAUAAAUGAGUUGCUUGAUAAAGCUGAAAAAAAUGAAGCAAAAUCUAAUAAGCCAAUAAAGAAACGGUUACGUAUUAUAUUAGAUGAUUUAUCUAGUGAUGAGGA